UCUCAUUUAAAGAUCUUUUUCUCUGACAUUAAUAAUUAACCAGAGAACUAAUUUACCCAGAUUCUUCAAACUCAAUUUACUUAAAAGGAAAGCGGCUCCAAGAAGGCCGUGCCCAUGGGUUUAGGCCACCUCCAGCCAUGGGCCUCUGGGGAAUACUGUGCUUUUUAAUUCUCCUGGACAAAACUCGGGGACAGGAACAAACCUACGUCAUUUCAGCACCCAAAGUCUUCCGGGUUGGAGCAUCCGAAAAUGUUGUGAUUCAAGCCUAUAGCUACACUGAAGCAUUUGAUGCGACGAUCUCUUUAAAAAGUUAUCCUGACAAAAGAGUGACCUACUCUUCAGGCUAUGUUAACUUAUCCCCGGAAAAUAAAUUCCAAAACUCAGCAAUGUUAACAAUACAUCCCAAGCAAUUGCCUGAAGAAAAAAGCUCAGUUUCACAUGUGUAUCUGGAAGUUGUGUCAAUGCAUUUUUCAAAAUCGAAGAAAGUACCAAUAACCUAUGACAAUGGAUUUCUUUUCAUUCAUACAGACAAACCUGUUUACACUCCAGACCAGUCAGUGAAACUCAGAGUGUACUCGCUGAAUGAUGACUUGAAGCCAGCCAAAAGGGCGACUGUCCUAACCUUCAUCGAUCCCGAAGGAGCAGCAGUUGACAUCAUAGAAGAAAAUGAUUAUACCGGAAUCAUCUCUUUUCCUGACUUCAAGAUUCCAUCUAAUCCCAAGUAUGGUGUAUGGACAAUCAAAGCUAAAUAUAAGAAGGAUUUUUCAACAACUGCAACCGCAUACUUUGAAGUUAAAGAAUAUGUCCUGCCACGUUUCUCUGUCUCAAUUGAACCAGAAAGUAACUUCAUUGGCCAUAAGAACUUUAAGAACUUUGAGAUCACUGUAAGAGCAAGGUAUUUUUAUAACAAAGUGGUCCCGGAUGCUGAAGUGUAUAUCUUUUUUGGAUUGAGAGAGGACAUAAAAGAGGAUCAGAAGGAAAUGAUGCAGAGGGCAAUGCAAGUCAAAACGUUGAUCAACGGAGUGGCUCAAGUCACAUUUGAUUCUGAGACAGCAGUUAAAGAACUGUCAUAUAACGGUCUAGAAGACGUAAAUAACAAGUACCUUUAUAUUGCUGUAACCGUCACAGAAUCCUCAGGGGGAUUUUCAGAAGAGGCAGAAAUCCCCGGCAUUAAAUACGUCCUCUCUCCCUACACACUGAAUUUGGUCUCUACUCCACUUUUCUUGAAGCCUGGGAUUCCAUUUUCCAUCAAGGUACAGGUUAAAGAUUCACUGGAGCAGUUGGUAGGAGGGGUCCCGGUAACUCUGACGGCACAGACAGUCGACGUAAACCAGGAGAUGUCUGACUUGGAACCCAAGAGAAGCCUCACACAUGCCGCGGAUGGGGUAGCUUCGUUUGUGGUGAACAUCCCAACUGAAGUGACAGUGCUGAAAUUUGACGUCAGAACUGAUGCCCCCGAACUUCCAGAAGAAAAUCAAGCCAGCCAAGAAUAUGAAGCAAUUACAUAUUCAUCUCUCAGCCAAAGUUACAUAUAUAUCGCUUGGACGGAAAACUACAGGCCCAUGCGUGUGGGAGAAUAUCUGAAUAUUAUCGUUACUCCCAAGAGCCCAUAUAUUGACAAAAUAACUCACUAUAAUUACUUGAUUUUAUCCAAGGGCAAAAUUGUACAGUAUGGCACAAGAGAGAAAUUUCUCGAUUCAUCUUAUCAAAACAUAAACAUCCCAGUCACACAGAACAUGGUUCCCUCAGCCCGACUCCUGGUCUAUUACAUAGUCACCGGGGAGCAGACAGCAGAGUUAGUGGCUGACUCGGUCUGGAUAAACGUUGAAGAGAAGUGUGGCAAUCAGCUCCAGGUUCAUCUGUCUCCAGAUGCGGAUGUGUAUUCUCCAGGCCAAACUGUGUCCCUCGAUACGGCGACGGAAAGGGACUCAUGGGUGGCACUAUCGGCGGUGGACAGUGCUGUGUACGGAGUCCAGGAAACAGCCAAAAGGCCCAUGCAAAGGGUGUUUCAAGCUUUUGAUAAGAGUGACCUGGGCUGUGGGGCAGGUGGUGGCCAUGACAAUGCGGACGUAUUUCAUCUCGCUGGACUCACCUUUCUCACCAAUGCAAAUGCAGAUGACGCCCGGUACCAUGAUGACUCGUGUAAAGAAAUUCUCAGACCAAAGAGAGACCUGCAGCUCCUGCAGCAGAAGAUAGAAGAGCAAGCUGCUAAUUACAAACACCGAGUGCCAAAGAAAUGCUGUUAUGAUGGAGCCCGGCACAAUGACUAUGAGACCUGCGCGCAGCGACUUGCUCGCAUUACCAUCGGCCCAAACUGUGUCAGAGCCUUCAACGAGUGUUGCACUCUUGCCACCAAGAUCCGAGAGCAAAGCCGCCAUAAAAACGUGCAGUUGGGAAGGCUCCAUAUAAAGACCCUGUUACCAGUGAUGAAGGCAGAUAUUCGAAGCUACUUCCCAGAGAGCUGGCUGUGGGAAGUCCACCGUGUCCCCAAAAGAAACCAGCUGCAGGUUGCGCUGCCUGACUCACUCACCACCUGGGAAAUCCAAGGCGUUGGCAUUUCAGACAGUGGUAUAUGUGUUGCUGACACACUCAAGGCAAAGGUAUUCAAAGAUGUCUUCCUGGAGAUGAACAUACCAUAUUCUGUCAUACGAGGGGAACAGAUCCAACUGAAAGGAACUGUUUACAACUAUAGGACCGCUGAGACAAUGUUCUGUGUUAAAAUGUCUACUGUGGAGGGGAUCUGUACAUCAGCAAGCUCAGCGACUAACCAUCAGAGCCCCAAGUCCUCCAGAUGUGUGCGUCAGAGACUAGAAGGCUCCUCCAGUCAGCUGGUAACCUUCAGCCUGCUUCCCUUGGAGAUCGGACUCCACUCCAUAAACUUCUCGCUGGAGACCUCAUUCGGGAGAGAAAUCUUAGUAAAAACGUUACGAGUAGUGCCAGAAGGAGUCAAAAGGGAAAGCUAUGCUGGCGUUACUCUGGACCCUAAGGGGAUUUAUGGUACUAUUAGCAGACGAAAGGAAUUCCCAUACAAGAUACCAUUAGAUUUGGUUCCCAAAACCAACAUCAAAAGGAUUUUGAGUGUAAAAGGACUUCUCAUAGGGGAGUUCCUGUCUGCGGUUCUGAGUAAGGAAGGCAUCGACCUCCUGACGCAUCUCCCCAGGGGAAGUGCGGAGGCGGAGCUCAUGAGCAUCGUCCCUGUGUUCUACGUUUACCACUACCUGGAAGCGGGAAACCACUGGAAUAUUUUCUAUCCCGACUCACAAACUAGAAAACAGAACCUGCAGAAAAAAAUAAAAGAAGGGAUGGUGAGCAUCAUGUCCUACAGAAACACUGACUACUCUUACAGCAUGUGGAAGGGGGCAAGCGCCAGUACCUGGCUAACAGCUUUUGCUUUGAGAGUCCUUGGACAAGUGGCUAAAUAUGUGAAACAGGACCAAAACUCAAUUUGUAAUUCUCUGUAUUGGCUGAUUGAGAAAUGUCAGCUGGAAAACGGAUCUUUCAAGGAACAUUCCCAGUAUCUGCCAAUAAAAUUACAGGGCACUUCACCCGUUGAAGCCCAAGAGAGCGUUUUGUAUCUUACGGCCUUUUCCGUGAUCGGGAUUAGAAAGGCUAUGGAGCUAUGCCCCCUGCAGAAAAUCGACACAGCUGUAGCUAAGGCUGACUCCUUCCUACUUGAAAAGGCCCUGCCGUCCAAGAGCACCUUUACCCUGGCCAUCGUGGCCUACGCCCUUUCCCUGGGAGACAGAACCCACCCGGGGCUCCGGUCAAUUUUCUCAGCUCUGAAGAGGGAAGCUGUGGUUAAAGGUAAUCCACCCAUUUACCGUUUCUGGAGAGACACUCUCCACCAUACGGAAAGCUCGGCGCCUCACAGUGGCACGGCAGGUAUGGUAGAAACCACAGCUUACGCUUUGCUCACCAGCCUCAACCUAAAGGAGAUGAAUUACGUCAAUCCGAUCAUCAAGUGGCUAUCUGAAGAGCAGAGGUACGGAGGCGGCUUUUAUUCCACCCAGGACACAAUCAAUGCCAUUGAGGGCCUCACAGAAUACUCGCUGGUGGCCAAACAACUUCAUUUGAAUAUGGACAUCAAUGUCUCCUACAAACACAAAGGUGAUUUCUACCACUAUAAGGUGACAGAGGAGAAUUUCCUUGGAAGGCCAGUAGAGGUACCUCUCAAUGAUGACCUCGUCGUCACCACAGGAUAUAGCAAUGGCUUGGCUACAGUAUAUGUAAAAACUGUGGCUCACAAAACUAGUACCGCUGAGGAAUUUUGCAGCUUUUACUUGAAAAUUGAUACCCAAGACAUUGAAGUGUCCAGCUACAGAGACUCCGGACAGAAGCGUAUAGUCGCAUGUGCCAGCUACAAGCCCAGCAAGGAGGAGUCAGCAUCCGGGUCCUCCCACGCAGUGAUGGAUAUCUCCCUGCCAACCGGAAUCGGAGCAAACCAGGAAGACUUACGUGCUCUUGUGGAAGGAGUGGAUCAGCUCCUAACUGAUUACCAGGUCAAAGAUGGCCGAGUUAUUCUGCAGCUGAACUCGAUUCCCUCCAGAGAUUUCCUUUGUGUCCGAUUCCGGAUAUUUGAACUUUUCCAAGUUGGGUUACUGAAUCCUGCCACCUUCAAGGUAUACGAGUAUCACAGACCAGACAAACAGUGCACCAUGUUCUACAGUACCUCUGACACCAGGCUGCAGAGAGUUUGUGAAGGAACUACAUGCCAGUGUGUAGAGGCUGACUGUGGGCAACUGCAGCCGGAACUGGACCUGACCAUCUCCACAGACACCAGGAAAGAAACAGCGUGUCAGCCAGAGAUUGCGUACGCUUACAAGGUGAGGAUCACGUCCACCACGGAAGAAAACAUUUUUGUCAAGUACACUGCGACUCUUCUGGACAUUUACAAAACAGGGGAAGCCGCUGCUGAGAAGGACUCUGAAGUCACCUUCAUUAAGAAGAUGAGCUGUGCCAAUGCCAACCUGGCGAAAGGGAAGCAGUAUUUAAUCAUGGGCAAAGAGGCUCUGCAGAUCAAACACCACUUCAGCUUCAAGUAUAUAUACCCCCUAGAUUCCUCCACCUGGAUUGAAUAUUGGCCCACAGACACGACGUGUUCAUCGUGUCAAGCAUUUUUAGCUAAUUUGGACGAGUUUGCUGAAGACAUCUUUUUAAACGGCUGCGAAAAUGCCUGAGGGGUUUCUGCUGCUGCACGGCUUUCCGGUGUGCUCCUGUCUCUUUCUCCUAGGGGGCCAGGCUCACUUGAAAACUUACCCUCAAAUUCGCUGCACUUUCUUU